GCAUUUGUGUUUUCCUAGACAAAAAUGUCUGGAAUUUUGGAAGAUAAAGACGAAAACGAAGUGUUUGUACCCUCAGCAGUCCUAGACGAAGCUUUGGAAGCUAUCAAUAAGGUGGUGCCAGCAAAAUCCAAGCAUUCAUAUGAAAAAGAGUAUACGAAUUUUUGUGAAUGGAGGAAACGAAAGCAUGCAAAAGGAGUAGAUGAAAGAAUAAUUUUGGCUUAUAUUUCGGAACGGUCAAAAAAUGCUAAAUCUUCAUCACUAUGGUCGUAUUAUUCCCAACUGAAGAAGAUGUUAUCUGUGAAGGAAAAUAUUAAUAUAAGCAGAUUUCAUCAAGUGUCAGCUUUCCUAAAACAACAGUCUGUAGGGCACAGACCAAAGAAAUCCAAAGUGUUCACGCUCGAAGAAAUGGAAAGGUUUUUAGAUAAUGCUUCUGAUGAUGAAUAUUUACUGCAAAAAGUAAUUUUUGUCGUGGGAGUUUUUGGAGGAUGUAGAAUGGGUGAAUUGGUGGCCAUGUCAGUUGAUGAUGUUGAAGACAGGGGUAGCGGACUUGUAGUCCAAAUUCCAGACACGAAGACUCAUAAACCCAGAACAUUUACCAUCAAUGGAAGUAACUCUGUUCCUGCUAUUGACAUCAAUGUAUUGACGUUUUUCGGAAGUACAGAAUAUUACGGCCUGAAAAGAUUUCACACAAACGGUUGUUCAUUAAUUACAAGAACAAAAAAUGCACGGUACAACCAGUUGGAGUGAACACUUUUUCAACAAUUCCCAAAAAAAUUGCCCAAUUUCUAGGCUUCCAAAAUCCACAAGAAUACACCGGUCAUAGUUUUAGGCGUUCGAGUGCAACUCUACUAGCAGACUCUGGGGCAGAUUUAACAGUUGUAAAGAGACACGGUGGCUGGCGUUCGAAUAGUGUUGUGGAAGGAUACAUAGAGGAUUCUCUGAAUAAUAAAAUCGAAAUUUCGAGAAAAAUCAUUGAGCGAUCAUCAACAAUAAUUGAUAAUAGAUCUGCCUUGAAUCCCGUAGCAGGCUCUUCUGGGUCAAAUUCCGUGUCACAACAAGAAACUAAUCAUCAAGACAUUAUUUUGCCUAUUCAUCGGAAAUUUGAUAUAAAUUUUAAUAAUUUGAAUAAUUGUAACUUUUAUA